CUCUGACGUCAUGCUUCCGUCAGCUCCGCAGUGCCGCUGUUUGACCUGAUGGACAGUGGAAGCUGCUGGACGGCUUUCGCUCUUCAGCACUCCUCUUCCUCCUCCUCCUCUUCCUCCGGGUCUGUCCGUGUCUUUGUCUCUCUCUUCCGCUCCGACACAAACACCGGGCCUCUCCGUAGCCGCCGCCCCGGCCUCCGGUCCUUCCCGCCGGCGGAGCCUCCCAGCUGAGCCCCGCCGAGGUGUCCGUGUUCCCGGGCAGAGAUGCUGUAGAGCAGCCGCCGGAGGAGAUGCUGGUCCCGGACUGAACAGAGCAGAGAGCCGCGGAGGGAAGCAGGAAAUGUCGGGCAGGAUGCCGCUGACCCCGGUGAGCGAGUCCGAGCAGAGUUCUAAAUCUACAGAUGGCCUCCCCGAGCCACCGGCACCGCCCACCAAAUCUUCGAGCCGUCACAGCCUGCCACCGUGUCGCGGCUCAGUAACGACCAUCACAGACGACCAGCCGCACGUCGGCAACUACCGCCUCCUCAAGACCAUCGGGAAGGGCAACUUUGCCAAAGUGAAGCUGGCCAGACACACACUGACCGGCCGAGAGGUUGCCAUCAAGAUCAUUGACAAGACUCAGCUGAACCCCACCAGCCUGCAGAAGCUCUUCAGAGAAGUCAGUGUGAUGAAGAUCCUCAAACACCCAAACAUCGUGAAGCUGUUUGAGGUGAUUGAAACGGAGAAGACUCUGUACCUGGUGAUGGAGUAUGCCAGCGGAGGUGAAGUCUUCGACUACCUGGUAGCUCACGGACGAAUGAAGGAGAAGGAGGCCAGAGCUAAGUUCCGCCAGAUUGUAUCAGCGGUGGAGUACUGUCACCAGAAGAGGAUUGUUCACAGAGACCUCAAGGCGGAGAACCUUCUUCUGGACGCUGACAUGAACAUUAAAAUAGCGGACUUCGGCUUCAGUAACGAGUUCACGUUGGGCAAGAAGUUGGACACUUUCUGUGGCUCUCCACCGUACGCUGCUCCUGAACUCUUCCAGGGAAAGAAGUACGACGGGCCGGAGGUGGACGUCUGGAGUCUGGGAGUGAUUCUGUACACGCUGGUCAGCGGCUCACUGCCCUUCGACGGACAAAACCUCAAGGAGCUGAGGGAGCGUGUUCUCAGAGGGAAGUACCGAAUUCCCUUCUACAUGUCGACUGACUGUGAGAACCUGCUGAAGAAGCUGCUGGUCCUCAACCCGGGGAAACGAGGCAGCCUGCAGCAAAUCAUGAAAGAUCGAUGGAUGAACGUCGGCUAUGAGCAAGAGGAGCUGAAACCAUACACCGAACCAGAACCAGACCUCAACGACCUCAAACGCAUCGAACUGAUGGGCACGAUGGGCUUUCCUCAGGACGAAGUCAGGAAGGCGCUGGACGGUCAGAAAUACAACGAAAUGACUGCAACCUAUCUGCUGCUGGGGAGGAAAGCUGCUGAGUUUGAAGUCUCCACUGAGUCCUUCUCCAGUGGGAACCUGGUUCAAAGAUCACGACCUGUUAGCGACAUCAACGGGUCCAGUCAGUCCCCCGCCCACUCUCGCAGCGCAGCGACCAAUCAGAAGCAGCGGCGGUUCAGCGACCACGUGGCGCCCUCUGUCCCCCCGCCUGUGUCCCACACCAAGCGUUGCCACGCCAACAGCGUAGAGAGCGACAGGAAGGAGGACCCGGCCUCGCCUAUGGGAGCUCCAGACCGCAGGAAGUCAGCCACCGCCUCGGGGAGCAUGACUCGGAGGAACACGUAUGUUUAUGAGAAGAGCAGCACCGAACGCUAUUCGCCUGCCGUACCCAAUGGGAAGGACAGCAGUCUACCUGAGGUACCUGCUGCCUCCCCCUCCCCGUCGCCUGGGGCAACCGUCUCCUCCACACGUCCUCGUCACGUCAAGUCCAUGUCAGCGUCAGGACAUCCCAUGAAGUCCUGCCUGCCCCCCAUCGAUGACAAUGCCGAGUAUCAGAGCUCCUCCCAGAAGCCUCCAUCGUCGCCUUCAGCCUUCAGCGUCACCAGCAGCAGCAGCACCACCACGCCGGACCGCACCCGCUUCCCCCGAAGCUCCUCCAGCCGCUCCACCUUCCACGGCGCUCAGCUCCGAGACCGACGCCCCGCCACGUACAACGGCCCGCCGGCCUCGCCCAGCCUCUCCCAGCACACGGCUGCAUCCCUGGCCAGGCCUCACCGGGGAACCUCCACCUCCCUCAUCGGCAAGAUCACCUCCAAGUUCGUACGCAGGAGUUUAUCCGGCGAGCCCAAAGAGGAGGGUCGGGAGUCCAAGCCUCGUUCCCUGCGUUUCACCUGGAGCAUGAAGACCACGUCCUCCAUGGAGCCAGGGGACAUGAUGAAGGAGAUCCGCAGGGUUCUGGAUGCCAACAACUGUGACUACGAGCAGCGCGAGCGCUACUUGCUGUUCUGCGUGCACGGAGACGCCCGGCAGGACAGCCUGGUCCAGUGGGAAAUAGAGGUGUGCAAACUUCCCCGCCUCUCGCUCAACGGGGUGCGCUUUAAAAGGAUCUCCGGCACGUCCAUAGCCUUCAAAAACAUCGCCUCCAAGGUGGCCAACGAGCUCAGGCUAUGAACCCCUUAUUAUGUGAUUGUCCUUAAACACUGCGAGCAGAGAAACUUUGCUCCUCCUCACAGAGCGACGCCCCACCAAGUGACGGCGGCUAUCUUGUGCUUGGCACUAUUCCAGGCUAACUGCUGUAUGACUCAGAGAAACUUCACCUUAUUAUCCCCAACACAGUUACUAUUUAAUGUCAUCACUGAAUGUUGAUGCAAGUGAAACCAAAUAUUAAAGCAGCUUAACAGCACAGAUACCCAGCAGGUUGUGUUUCGUCCCUCAGUGUUGCUUCCAUCCACUCCAGCGAACUGAUGAGAACAAACACAAAACGACAUGGGAGCUGUAGCACAGUUCAUUUGCUAGCAUUAAAAUCCAUCUGUCAAGACUUUAUGUGGGUCGGUCACUGUUCACAUGCACUCUCCCUCCUGUUGUCCUCAUUUAUGGGCACCAAAAAAAGGAUGGUGUUGACCCAAAACAGCACCAUUAAAGUCUGUAAGACGAGUGUAAAUACAGAUCUGACUGCUAUCCAAAAAAAGAAGUUUUUUCUGUGCAGAUGCUCCGCCCACAAAGUCUCCCCAAACAUUGAGGUGUGGUGUGUCUUUAGAAGUGUGUCCAUCUAGGAGAUCUGGCAUUAAGACCUUCAGCAUGGAGUGUGUCCACAGAAACAUCACUUCCUCUUUCAGACACAUCUUCCUGCCUGUAUGCUUCCUUCUUUCCUUCCUUCCUUCCUUCCUUCUUUCCUUCCUUCUUUCCUUCCAUCCUUCCUUCCAUAUAUUUCCUUCCUUCCUUCCUUCCUUCCUUCCUUCCUUCCUUCUAUAUUUCCUUCCUUCUGUCCUUCCUCCCUUCCAUAUUUCCUUCCUUCCUUCCUUCCAUAUUUCCUUCCUUCCUUCCUUCCUUCCUUCCUUCCUUCCAUAUUUCCUUCCUUCUGUCCUUCCUUCCAUAUUUCUUUCUUUCCAUCCUUUCAUAUUUCCUUCCUUCUGUCCUUCCAUCCUUUCUUCCUUCCUUCCUUCUUUCCUUCCUUCCUUCCAUCCUUCUAUAUUUCCUUCCUUCCUUCUUUCCAUCCUUCCUUCCUUCCAUAUUUCCUUCCUUCCUUCUAUAUUUCCUUCUUCCCUUCCUUCUUUCCUUCCUUCUUUCCUUCCAUCCUUCCUUCCUACCAUAUUUCCUUCCUUCCAUAUUUCCUUCCUUCCUUCCUUCCUUCCUUCCUUCCUUCCUUCCUUCCUUCCUUCUUUCCAUCCUUCCAUAUUUCCUUCCUUCCUUCCUUCCAUAUUUCCUCCCUUCCUUCCUUCCUUCCUUCCUUCCUUCCUUCCACAUUUCCUUCCUUCCUUUCUUCCUUCCUUCCUUCCAUCCUUCCUUCCAUAUAUUUCCUUCCUUCCUUCCUUCUUUCCUUCCAUCUUUCCUUCCAUAUUUCCUUCAGAGUCUCUCCAACCAUUGUAGAAUGAUUCAUUCUUUGCAGCUAUAGGGAUAUAAGUCAUCUGGUGAAAAGUCCUGUAUUUUUUCAUGAUGCAGUAUAUAUCACAGAAAAAAAACUAAAUAUCAAAAUUUAUGUUUCUUCACAUAUAAUUUGAACACACCUGAACACUAAGCAAACAGCUGUUUGUCUAAGGAAGGUUUAGCUAAUGUUCAGUCUGUCUGUUCUGAUUCUACUGCUGUGAUUUUUAUUUCCCAAAAUUUGAUCUGUGGAUUAACCACUUAAGAAAAAUCAACCAAACAUUAAACAAUCAUAACUAGA